AUGGCGGCAAUGAUGAAAAAGCUGGGCAAGCUGCUGCGCAAAAAGAAGUUCGAUGGCGAGCCCGUGGACGAGCUUCCCCCCGCCACCAUUGAGCGUGACAACCGGAUGUGCAAGUCGAUGCGCGAACGGAAGGGCUCCGAGUCGACUGGGGCAUUCCAACGUGCCCGCGUCUUCACGAGCUCGUAUCGUUUCAAGAAGCCGAAGGAGGGUGAAGAAAUUGACGUCACGGCCAACAUCAACGUUCGCUCGUGGACCGGGACGCUGGGUGCCGAGGCUCUAAAGCGUCGCUCGAUGCGCGUGAGGAACGAUGAUGCCGCGGAACAAAAGGCAACACCUGGGUUUGCGGAAACGCGGCGACUCAGCAUGUGCGCCCAAGAACUUCUCGCUAAAGCCGAAGCAAACACUCAAGAAGGCGCCCAGAACGACGGUGGCUCUCCUCCCAUCGUUCUCCCCACCGACCAGGACGAAGAGCUCACCAAGGUUGAACUCGCCAGCGAGGAAGAGCACAAGGCGUUCGAGGAGUGCCCUGAUGAAGCCCAGCCGAAGCUCGAGGGCGGAGCCGAUUGGGAAAUGGUUGAAGCGGAUCUCCCGAGCUUCAAGCUGCUCUCAUCGUGCGAUGGGAAAAUGGCUUCCAACCUCUCGCUGGGCACAAGCUCGACCUCACCGUCCGCCGACGACUCCGAGGCUUACAACAAGCUGCCGCCCGUUGAAUUCCCGAAGAGCAAGUGGGUUCUGCCCUGGUCGUAUGACGAAAAGAAGACUGUCCUGCGCGACGCUUUUCUCCCGACGUCAAGGCUGACCGAGAGCGAGCUAGCGACUACAUUCGGCAUGUCGAAUGAGCAGCUCAAAGAUUAUAUGGAUAAGAGGUUCAACGCCAAAGUUCCCGUCGAAUGCACCCCGGCACGCAGCGAACAGGAGACGCCGAAAAAACGUCGUUCCCAAAUCGACGAGGUGAUCGACCGUGUUCAACAAGGCGAGGCUGUGGACGAGGAGCCGAAUGAGGAUCGUCUCGCGGAGCUUCAGGGCUUCCCCACGUCAUCGCGCGGCUCUUCAAGAAUGGACAUCAAGCCCGAUAACGGCUACUUCAACAAGAACGAUCGCCGCCGUCACACGAUGGGUGGAAAUCAGCCGGACCGCGAGCGCCUUCCCAGGGGAAAUUUUGAGCGCAACAGCCAAAACUACGCCAGCCAGACGAACAACAAGAGGCGCCGAAACCGUGGCGGAAAGAAAAACAAGAACAAAAACAAGGAAAAUGACGAGAUUCCGAAUGCUAAAGGAGAAUGGGUCACGCGCCCGAUGACCCCCGUUGAGAAGCAUAUCUUCGAGGCUGGUAAGAAGUCGAUGCGUGACGCGGAGAAGCAACAACUCUCUCCCAAGACCCCCGAACCGAAGCUCGGCUCCGAGAACUGCAAGACGCCCCGGCGCGAUAGAGUUCCCUACACUCCACGCACUUUCCAACAAAUUUCCGCCCCUCCAAAC